UUGAUAAAGAAGCUAGAGAUUUUUCAAAUUUACUGUGGCAUAACUGGGGCUGUUUGUGGCAAUGAUAGACUUUAUUCUCCCAAGAAAAUAUCUAGAAGAGAAUAUUUAUUCUCUCAUAGUUUAUAUUGCGGCAAAAGUCAUCCCCAUAGUCGGCUUCUUAUGAUGUUGGUUUCAAGACUGAAGGUGGAAGUCAUUUUCAGGCGUAAGCUAAAAGUCCGCCACGUCUGUUGAAAACCUUUCACCUUGUUGCGCUCUUUAGCGUUUUCAAUUUGCCAAACCGAGAAAAGUUACACCUUUAAAAUCUCAAAUUUAAGAACAUGAAUGAUAAGAGAUCUCUACCGAAAGCAUUUCUGGCUGGUGCCUUGAGUGGCACUUGUUCUACUAUCUUAUUUCAACCGCUAGAUUUGGUGAAGACACGAAUCCAAGCUCAGGCAAUCCCUACUACCGCCACAGGAAAUGGCGGUAUGUUUUACACCUUUUAUUCCGUGGUAAGAACUGAUCACGUUUCUGGCUUAUGGCGCGGACUAGUACCAUCUAUAUACAGAUGUGUACCAGGAGUAGCAAUGUAUUUCUGCUCCCUUCAUGGACUAACUAGUUUGUUUGGUACUGAAAACCCAUCACCAAUGCAAUCGAUUGCUCUUGGAGCAUCUGCAAGAUCUGUUGCUGGAAUUUGUCUUUUGCCAAUAACUGUAGUGAAAACAAGAUACGAGAGUGGCAAAUUUAAUUACAAGAAUAUGCAAGAUGCAUUUGUAUCAAUAUGGAGGAGUGAAGGUAGCAAAGGCUUAUAUAGUGGAUUAUUGGCAACAGUUGCAAGAGAUGCUCCAUUCUCUGGAUUAUACUUGAUGUUCUACACACAGAUUAAAAGAAGAGCAAGAGACUUAUUACAAGUAAGAGAUCUGUCAAGUCGACAGAACUUCACCUGUGGGUUAAUAGCUGGAUUUCUGUCAUCAAUUGUCACUCAGCCAGCUGAUGUUGUCAAAACUAGGCUUCAACUCAACCCAUACAAGUAUGCAAGCAAUAAAGAUGCAGUGCUUUGUAUCUUGAAGGAUAAUGGCGUGGAGGGUUUGUUUAGGGGACUUAUUCCAAGAACCAUCAGAAGAGCAUUUAUGGCUGCAAUGGCGUGGACUGUUUAUGAAGAGGUAAUGCGUUACUUCCAACUGAAGAGCCAAUGAUAAAUUCCUAUUAUUGAAGCGAAUAUCUAUAUGUACUAACUCAAGAGUAAGCUUGUCAACUCUAAGAAAAGAGAAAUGGUUCACUCGGUGCUUUUCAAGAAGAAGAAAAAUGUGAUAAGCAAAAACAACAUUCGAUAACAAUGGCAAAUGAAAAAUAACUGGACAGAAAGCAGAAAAUGGUAUGGAACAGAACCAAAGUAGAAAAAAACAAGCUUUUGGUACACUGAUUUCAAGAAGACCAUUCUACUAAAUAUUACAGUAUAAAAGAGAAAGAGGAAAAUGAAUACUUGCAAACCUCCAACUGAUAACACCAGGAUUGCAACUCGCAUURACAGUUGGUGGUCUUCAAGAUGUAUCGACUUUUAUUUCAAAAGUUUAUCAGCAUUAUUUAAAUGAUUUAUAAGGCUGCAUGUGCAAAAAAUGGUCUGAAUAGAGUAUGCAAAUGUGAUGUCACGAAAAAAUAGAUUUUGGCUUUAAUUAUUUUCAAUCUCUAAUUUCUAUAGACAAUAUAAAAGACGUUUGCGUACCAAAUUUGACGAGAAUCAGCAAAUAUCAGAAAUUUUAGAAAAAUUUAGUAGAAAACAUUUUACUGUUGUUCUAUUCUAACUGUAAAUUAUAUACUUUUAUUUUUUCUCGCUUUCAUCAUUUCAUCUCCUUGAAUAGCUUUUAUAGACUUUCAAUAUAUGUAACUCGAAUUCUAUCAUUUUCGAUACAUAAUCUGAUUGGUUUAGAGUAAAGUCAUUAAACCCGUGAAAUAGAUAUUAGACUAACACACUUUAGUAGACCUUAAUUUCAUUGUUUUCUUUUGCGUCUAUUUGGCUAUUACACGUUGGCUAAUAAUUUUUAAUUCACGGGUUAAAUGCCUUCAUUCUACAAACUUGAGUGUUGUAAUUAGGGUAACAAAAGAAAACAAUGGAAUUGGGGUCUACUAAUGCAUAUUAGUCUAAUAUCUUUUUCACAUGUUUAAUUCCUUCACUCUAUCUAUGACAGUCUAGUGUUAUAAUCAAAUUACAUACUGUAUAGAUUGUAAAUAGAGGCUAAAUGAAAUCUUUAGGAUUCAUCAGCAUUUAUGAAAUAUAAAAAUGCACACAAAUUCAUGUUACAUAUUAGGUAAAUUUUGAUACGUAUUUAUGGUGGGUACAAGAUUAAAGGUUAAAAAGAAAGGUUAUAUAUUUUGUACUGAAUAAAAUUAAUAAGUGCAAACGAUAUAUCCGUGAAAUACUAAUUACUAAUGGUUCAAAAUAGUGCUAGUUAAACAAAAGGAAACAUAGAAUAAGCAUAAAAUAGUGUUAGUUAGUAUAACUUAGUAAUAUUUCAUGGAUAUAUUGCACUCUACAGUCGUAGCAUGAUUAUAGAGUACAAACACUAAAUGUGUGCAACAUGAAUAUCACUAAAUAGUGUUAUCUUAAGCUAAUUCUAUUUUCUUUUGUUUAAUUAGUGCAAUUUACUACCAAAUAGCGAUAACCAUUGUACACAUUUAGUAUUUGUACUCUAUCUUGAUAAGUGUUAAUCAUGCCUAGGAUAAGUAAUUGAAAGAAGAGAAGAAAGCCAAAGGGAAUAUAUCCUAGUGCAAAAGAGGAAAUGUCUUUCCGUCCACUACAUUGUUAAGCACUUAGGCAAUUUAAAUUCCUAACCCCCUGGUCAGGGCAGGGAAACUAUCAAGUUAUCUAGCACUAAACAUUUUGUUGCAUUCAUGCAGUCAAGGUGAACAAAAAAUGUUUAAAGGCCUUGGACACAAAACGAGAGAUUUUCAGCAUUGAUUCUAAAUGAAGUAAAUAGCUGAAAGGUAAAAUAUUUUUAUAUGGUUUGAGUGAUGCAUCUUGGAUUUAUCAAGGUUUAUGCUUAAGGACAUAUAUUGUUUGCACUCUAUAGAGUGACCACAGUAAAUCUGUGAAACACAAUUACUAAAUAGUACAAAAUAGUGCUAGUUAAACAAUAGAAAACAAUGGAAUUUGCAUGAAAUUGUACUAUUUAGUAUUACUAAACUUUGACGGAUUUACUGUGGUCACUCUAUUGUUUGCACUCUAAAACUAUUACAGAUAUCUAAUUUAUGUCAACAACCCACUUUCAGGACACCUGAAAGUUGUAUUAAAAACAUCUAAAUAUUUUAUUAGCAUUUUUUAGUACAGAGUGCAUGACAUAACUAUUUCCAUGAAACAAAACCAAUAAAAGAUGUUCUGACUAA